AUGCCACCAGAAAAAAUGAAUUACAGAGGCACCGACACGAAGCAAUACAACAAAAGUAAGAAUAAGUUACCCCUGUUCUUUUACAAAAAUAAAUAUUCUAGUGCGAAGCAGUGUGCUGGACAAGGGAGCGGCUCUGUGAACCCCCAAGGAAAACAGAAUACACAAGGGAGCCACUCCAACCAGGGACACCACCACGUAGGCGACAACGCCUGUGGCAUCUUCCACGGAAAUACGACGAAUAAUCCAGCUAACAUGAACAAUAGUUCCAAUAUGUAUUACAAGAGAAGAAGUAACUUUAAUGGAGGGGGCAUGGUCCCUUCCAACAGUGCCAACGGAUCAGAUCCCAAAAACGGUAGCAGCAUGGUAAGCUACAAUGAUGAUAUAUACCACAUGGAGAAGGGGAAGUUACUCAGUGGAGGUACCGGAGCGACGACUGGAGGCAUGAACACGUAUCACAUGGAUACUGCGCACGGGAACAUCAACAAUGGGGUGAACAACAGUGGAGCGAACAGUGGAGCGAAUAGUGGAGCAAACAGUGGAGCAAACAGUGGGGGGCACACACACUCCGGGAAUAGCCACCACGGAAAAUUCUACAGCAAGAAUACGUACAAUGUUCACCCAAAGAAGGAAGCCAGACAAAAUUAUGAAGGCUACCUAAGCAAUAUGCACGAUGGAACGAACAACAGUAGUAAUGCAGAACUCACUCAUGGAAACAGAAAUUACAAGAACUACAACCACGAUAACAAUAGAGAGAAUUACAUUAACGUGGGUGUUCAGAAAAAUGUGAAUCGAUACUACGGUGUAGGAGACGGGGGUUCAUGUAUGAACAUGUCUGGACAGAAGAAGGUAAACUAUUUCGAUAGCACUGUUGGUGAAUAUCAGCAUGCAACAACGCAUGGGACAACACACAGUGGUGUCCAUGGCAAUGGUGGCAGGGAGGCCGGGGGGCAGGAGACUUACAACGUGAACCAUCAGCUGAGGAGAGAACCCCCAAGGGGAAAAAACGGGUUGGAGAACCCAUCCACCCUGGGUAACCAAAAGAAAGAACCCAUGCUUAUUAUGAUUAACGAAGAGAGAAACAACAACAACGAUGGUGUGGGCAAGAUGGGAAUGAAAGUGGUGAAGGAGCAGAACCAGACGCAGAGGGGCGACGAAGAAGAAGAAGAUGAUGAUGAUAACGAUGAUGAGUAUGAUGAUGAUGAAGAUGACCACGUUAUGGAUAAUGUUGUUGAUGAUGUGGGUGAUGAUGACGAAGCGGAUGAGGAGGAGGAGGAGGAGGAGGAAGUAGAUCUGUCGUUCCGUAAGGACGCACCUAAUGUUGAUACCACCAGGGGAAGUAGUAACGACCGAGACGGAUACAACAACGCAAAGGAGGUGCAGAGUUUUACGAAGAAUAACGCACGAAAGGAAGUAAAAACACCCAUCGAUGGUAACAAUUUGAGCAACCCACAUGAUGUAUCCACAAAUGUAGAGACAGCCAACAGAACACAAGUAUCCAACCCCAGUAACCAUCUCACCGGGGUUAAGAACACAAGUUUGGAUCCCACCACGGGAAGUGCCUACAACAUCGCCUACAUGUUUAUUUACCAGUACUACUACGUUCUUCACACGAAGAAGGCGAUGAUGCACAACUUCUACGCGGAGAACGCCGUUUUGCUGUUAAGCUUUAAUCAUCAGAAGGGGGUGGUAGGAAAGAAGGAAAGUGGCGCGGAAGCAAUUGCAUGUGAGGUGGACGCAUCAGGGAACGCAGUUGGUAGGAACAGGGGAGGGAGCCUCCAGCAAGGGAACCCCCAAGACGAGCAGAGCGAUGCAGACAAAUUUUUCAACCUCAGUCAAAUCAACGUAGAAGGUAGCGAACGAAGUGGAAAUAUGAUAAAAAUGAAAAAUAAAAAAAUGAUAUCAGAAUAUUAUGAGCAAUUAGGAAUAAACGAAUGUACAGUCCACAUAAACUCCAUCGAAGUGAUAAACCUGCAUGACGAAAUUUACCUGUACAUACAUGGGAAAAUAAAAAAAAAUAAAAAUACGAACCUGUUUUAUUACUUUGUGCAGAAUAUACAUUUGCAUAAGUACACCGUGUGCCAGUACUACGUGGACGUAGACUUUGUGCAUUACUACUACCUUGAUGUAGUGGAUGAGCAGCUGGAAGAUUCGCCUCUUGCUACUAGGGGGGAGAAAUCUAUCACAAGGAAUCGUGUUUUAGAUGUAAAGGGAAAAGAAGAUGGCACAAAGAGGAAACCUAAAGUUAACAAGAUCAAUUCUACACUUGGAGGGAAGACAAGCAUCCCCAAAGUGGGAGAAGAAAUUGUUGCUUGUGCAUCCCGUGCCGCCACGCCAAGUAGUAGUCGUCUAAAAGAGGGCCCAUACAACAGAACAACCGACGGAUUGAAAAAAGGAGCAGUAAAGAAGGCAGAUGUAGAACCCGUUUUGAUAUCUACUGAGACUAGUACCACAAAAGAGAAUAAAGCAAAAGCGCCCACCAUUAAAGGACAACUGAAUGAAGGAAACUACCCUCCUGGACAUGCCACGUAUGGAAGUAUUGCCAAACAACCCGUGCCCACCUUCUCAAUGAUGAAUAAAUCUACGGAGAGAAAGAACCACCUUGCAAAGUACUCACAAGCGCAUGGCACCAGCACCCCCGGUAACAGAUUCCAUCCCGGGGACGACAACGACAAUGACAAUGACAACGACAACGACAACGAGCAGGAUGAAGAAGAGGAAGUCGACUAUCCAGAUGUGGGGUACGAAGAUGAUAUAGAAGAGGACGAAGAAGAAGAUGCAGAAUUGGAUAUUGACGAGGACGACGACAAGCACUUGCACCAAGACCUAGAACCGUUUGAAGGAGAUAUGGAAGAAGCAUACGAAGAAGAAGAAAUAGAGACGGAAGCAGACGUGGAGAUGGCCCAACUGAGAAGAGAAAGCGAACGAGGGGCAAAAAAAGGUAUCUACUCUAAGAAGGAUGAAGCAUCAUUGCUUAAAAGAACACAGGGUAUAGGCAAGCCUUUAAAGAAGGUUAUUGGACAUCACGAUCCUGAAUCAAGCGGAACCAAUACCACCAUAAAGACAAGCAACAAACUGAAUAGCGGAGAUGAGGAUAUCGACCCAAGGAACAGAAAUGGAAAAGGUGUAGGAAAUAUAGCAGGGGAGGGAGGCAUCCAAGCCCAGGUAACAAAGGAUGUGUCGGCCAGAAAGGAACAGAUUGCCUCUCCAGAUGGUGGUAAAAAGGAAGGGGUCAAAGAGAAGGCCGAUAACACAGGAGCAUCUACAACCCCCGCGGCUAUGUGUACGGAAAAGAAGAGCAUCGAAAAGGACGGGGAUGCGAAGGACCAUGUUACUUCCAAAGCAGAUCCAACAGCUGACGUGAAGAAGGCAAAGAAAAACAAAAGCGAUGGAAGCAACAACGCGUGGAAGGUAGACAGUGAGGAGAAAAUUCCAAAGAUGGAAAGCAUCCUUAAGGAAGAGAAAACCCUUAACGAAAAUGGAAAAAAAAAAAAAAAAAAGGAAAAGGAAAAGAUCAACAAAGUUGACCCCAACAGCUGGGUUUUUAGAGUGAUGAAAAAUAACACAAGUACCACCCCUGGGGGAAGUGGAACUCCCGCAGGUGGCAGUCAGAAGGUGCAAGAGGGAGCGAAACAAGCACAGGGGCAGAAGCAAGCGGAGGGUGAUAAGGCGACCGAGGAAGGUGAAACCGAUGUGGACACCCAAGGAGAAGAUACGGAAGAAGUGGAAGAAACGGAAGAACAAGAAAUCAACGCAAACGACAAGAAAAUUAUCAUUCAUAAUAUACACAAAAACAUGGACAAGAAAAAAAUUCAUGACUGCAUUAUCGACCGACUCAAAAAUUACAACGAUGGACAUGCCGUACAAGUGGACAUAUAUCAACGAUCACCCAAAAAACUCUUCCCAAAUUCUUUCAGUUCUCUUAACCACGACAAGGGAAAGGCACCUGAAAACUAUUCCUAUGCCAUCGCUGAGCUCGACUGUCGACAGAGCCAGAAACUCUUAUUGGAUCUUGGCCUCUACUGCAACGGUAUUAAAUUAAGCAUUGAGCAUUUUAAGGAGAAGAGAAAAAUGGCUGAGCCUGCUAAGAGGAACAACAGGAAAUUCAACGGUUUCGGAGGUGGCGCGCCCGUGGACGCGACCAAAGGGAAGGAUGAUCGCUACAGGAACUCCUUCUUCCGCGGCUCUUCGGCUACCGUGGCAACGGUGGGGGUGGCCCAGUUCAGGAGCAAGAGGAACAACAUUUUCGUCAAGUGA